CGAAGCCGGACCGGAAGCGAGCGGCACGUGGCGAUGGCCGAGUUUGUGCAGCGGCGGCUGGAGGAGCGACUCCCGGAGCUGGAACAGCUGGAGAGAGUGGGACUGCUGAGCGGGGAGGAAACCCGAGCAUUAAUGAGGAAGGUCACUGCCCUGGAACAUAAAGUCCACAGACGAGCACUCAAUAAGGAGAGUUUCAUCAGCUACAUUCAAUAUGAAAUUAAUUUUCUGGAAUUGAUCAAGAGGAGGCGAGUGAGACUUGGCUACACCUUUAAGAAAGAGGAAAUAGAAUAUGGCAUUGUUAACCGGAUUGACAGAUUGUUCAGACGAGCUCUGACCAAGUGGAAGGGUGACAUCCAGUUAUGGCUCUCACACAUCGCUUUUUGCAAGAAAUGGAAUGCAAAGGUGAAGCUAAGCAAGAUCUUCUCUGCAAUGUUGGCCAUUCACCCAGACAAGCCAGGUGAGAUAGCUUUCUGGAUCAUGGCAGCAAAGUGGGAAAUGGAGGAUCGCCUGUCCUCUGAGAACGCCCGGCAUUUAUUCCUCCGCGCUUUGCGUUUCCACCCAGACUCUCAGAAGCUUUAUCAGGAGUAUUUCCGGAUGGAGCUGAUGCAUGCGGAGAAGAUCCGGAAGGAAAAGCAGCUGCUGGAGGCGGCAAAUGUGGAGCCGGUUGAAGCAGAGUAUCCCAUGGAGAUUGUCCGUGGAGAAUUAGCUCGUGUUGUGUAUAAGAACGCCAUCCAGAAAGUCUUUGGGAAUGCGGAGUUUCACCUGUCAUUCUGGACUAUUGCAGCACUGUUCGACUUCACACAGGACCUUCAGAAAGAGAUUGUGGAGGACCUACAGGCACUGCAUACAAACCACGCGCUAACCUGGGACUUCAUGGCCAGGCGGGAGUUAGACACAGAGUCACAGCCAAUAACAGAGUGCUCCAAACAGACAAAAGCUUCUGAUAUCAUUCGCAGGGAGGAGCGGUGCUGGGCCGUGUAUGAAGAAGCUGUCGUCACUGUGCCAACAGAGGCAGUUUGGAAAUGUUACAUCACUUUCUGUCUAGAGAGGUUUAAACGGAAAACCAACAAUGAGGUUCUUCGAAAGAAGAGACUCGACAAGGUGCUAUCUAUCUUUGAUAGGGCCAGUGAAUCUUCACUCUUACCUCAGGCUCUUUACAAACAAUGGCUUCGCUUGUUGGUUGAUCUUGGUGACGCUGAGAAAGCUGUCCAAGUGGUGAAGUCUGCCAGCAGCAGCUUUGGCCACUCAGUGGAUAUGUGGCAAAGCAGCUUGGAGCUACUGAUGGAGCUGCAGAGCACGGAUGUCAGCCUGCUCUUCCAGGAGGCUUUUCAAAAGGUUCCACCCAAGGACUGUUUGCCUCUGUGGCUUCUCUGCUUGGAGUGGAGCGAAAGUACAAGUAGUGUUAACGAGACGGAAACUCUCUAUCAGCGUGCGCUGCGGACACCGAUCCCAGCCGUCUCUAUAACUGUGAAGGAGAAAUACCUGGACUGGGCCUUUAAGACAGGGAGCUAUAAGAAAGCACGGAAAGUGUUCACUGGGUAACAGCUGAGUGUUUGUAGUAUGUGAUUUCUGCUCCCUUUUGUGUGAGGAAGUGCUUCCUGACAUCACCCCUCAACGGUC